AUGAAUGAUAAUCAAAUUAGAGCAGAAGGUAGAAGGUUAUUUAAACGCUUCUAUAACAUUCCUGAUGGUGUUAAUCCUAAAACUCGUAGAAGCUAUUUAAAUGAAGCAAUAGAUGCAUAUGAAGGGUUUGACAUUUCAUCAGAAAGUGAGAGAUUAGCGAGAAUGUUAAAUGUUAAUAUUGAUUUCUAUUAUUGUGAUCCUCAACCAGAAGACGUGGACAUAAAUAAGGUAGACUUUCCAUUAGUGGAAUCAAUAAUGAUAGAUCCAGAAUUUGAAACAGUAAAUAUUUUAUUAACACAGAGUCCAUGUGGAAAACUUCACGCUGACAGAAUAACAGACGUAGAAGCACUCACCGGCUAUAAAGUUUGUCCAUAUUGUAAAGAAGAAGUUUAUUCUAUCCGUGAUGAUCCAGAAAGGAAAAACCAAAGAAGAUUUUUAAAGCAUUGUGAGAAAUGUAAAGAAAAUAAUGGAAGAUUAAUUCAAGACGUUCAAUUGCAAAAGACCCAGCAACCAUAUGCACCACAUAUUACGAAACAGAAGAUAUAUCAGUGGUUAUUAGCUCACAAUUUGCAGAAAUAUUAUAAACCGACAAGAUAUAGAGACUAA